AUGAUACAGUUUGUCUUCCUGAUUCUGAUUCCAUGCUUAGUGAUCGGGCUGUGCGUGGGCCUCAUAAAGCCUACUCACGCUCCAGGUAGCAUCGAACCAUCGUGGCGCCUGGACACUCAAACAAACUAUACCAUUGAUAUAGGAUACUGGGAUACACAUGAUACUCCUCAGGAUAGGCACUAUUACUUCAACAUUUCAAAGAUAACAAAUGUUUCUCCUGAUGGCAUUGAACGGAAUAUGACUCUCAUCAAUGGUGCUUAUCCAGGUCCGUUGAUGGAGGCAAAUUCCGGCGAUGUUCUGUACAUUCACGUUUUGAAUGAGCUGGACGAGCCCACGACGAUCCACUGUCACGGUCUUUUUUUCAGUAAAGAGAGCUACAAUGAUGGUGCCUCCUCGAUUAAUCAGUGCCCAAUACCUGGUGAUGGGGGAGAGUAUACUUAUCGGAUUCACAUUGACGAAGAUCAAUGGGGAACUUACUGGUACCACUCGCACUAUGGGGCUCAACAGGCUGAUGGAAUUUUCGGCCCCAUAGUCAUACAUUCGGAACAGGAACGGAAAAUCCUUAAUACGACGUACGAUGAGGACGUUGUUGUCAUGGUCAACGACUACUACCAAGACAUGGCUAAUGUUUACAUGGCAGAAUACCUUGGCCCGGACAAUGAGAAUACGGAGCCAGUACCUGACGAUGGCCUGAUACAAGGAAGCAAUAGCUAUGAGUAUAAUCCCGACACCUAUGUGGCGUCUGACGGCAGCUCUCGCAAUAUCACCUACAAAGAGUCUUAUAUCUCGGAUCUAAAGUUUCACAAAGACAAGACGUACAGGGUGCGGCUAAUCAACGCGGGUUAUUUUGCUCAAUUGAAUUUUGCAAUCGAUGAACAUAAGCUGAAAGUCAUCGAAGCUGAUGGCACUAACACCGAGCCCCUCGAGCUAGAGUCGGUUGAUUUGUCUGUGGCUCAGCGGUACUCGUUCAUAUUGGAGCCUCCGAAAGGCACGCUCACGCAAUACUGGAUGCGCGCAAGGUUCAACACAUUCUGUUUUAAUACAGACAAUUCCAAUUUAAAUCCUGAGUUCCAUGCGAUCGUUCGUUACAAUGACGGAAACACCACGUUGCCGGAGAGCGAGAGCUGGCCUUACAACGGCGGAGACGUACGUUGUCGGGACUUGGACCAGAGUCUUUUGAAGACUCUGGGGUCUACUGUUCCACUCCAAGCAAAUGGAUCGACACGACCAGACGUUUCCGUAGAUCUUGAAGUUUCCUUUCAAAUAGGUGCUUACCAGUUGGACAGAGGAUACUUCAACGACAUGACAUGGAAACCACUUGUUAACUCCUCUACUAUGACGGAGCUUGCUCUCAACCCAGGCAACAAUUCAUUGAGAACACUUUCCCCAAAAGCGCUCGAAUCAAAGAACAGUGAUCAGUAUCUUCUCAAUUUUGAUCAAAGGGGGCAAAUUGUUGAUCUUAUCAUUAACAAUUAUGACGAUGGCGCACAUCCAUUCCAUAUGCAUGGCCAUAAGUUCUGGGUUCUUAUGGUCAACGAUCGCGGCUACUUUCAAGAGGACUUCUAUGAUCAAGGCUCUUCCCCAAUGAACUUCCAGAAUCCAAUACUUCGCGAUACGGUUAGUAUUCCAGGUUUUGGGUAUGGUGUCAUACGAUUUGUGGUGGACAAUCCUGGGGUAUGGCCUUUCCACUGCCAUAUCGGGUGGCACAUGGAAAGUGGUUUACUUCUUCAGAUUAACGAACUGCAGGACGAAUACUCAAGGCUAGAGUUCCCAGAAACAUGGAAGAAUCUAUGCGUAUCCCAAUAG